UACGAAUAGCUUUACAAAAGAAAAAGGGGUAAAUAACUAAACAAAUACUCACGCAGUAGAGAGAGAGAGAGAGAGAGAGGGAGGCAGGCAUCAGCAAGUUCUUCCUCAAAAUCGAACUCCUGAAAUCGAGUUUCUCUCCGUCUCAGGACCCGGUUUACGCCGUAUUGGUUACGGCGGAGAAGCUCCGAUGGCGGGAAAGUCGACGGCGAGGCCUCGGAAAUUGCCUGUGUACCUUUACAUUCCGAAUAUAAUCGGUUAUGUAAGAGUGCUUAUGAACUGCGUGGCGUUUGCGAUAUGCUUCUCCAACAAAAGGCUAUUCUCUGUUCUCUAUUUUCUAAGCUUUGUAUGUGAUGGCGUGGAUGGUUGGUGCGCUCGCAAAUUCAACCAAGUCUCGACUUUUGGAGCUGUUUUGGACAUGAUAACAGAUAGGGUAAGCACUGCUUGUCUGCUGGUACUUCUUUCCCAAGUGUACAGGCCUGGUUUGAGUUUCCUGUUAUUGCUUGCGCUAGAUAUUUCUAGCCAUUGGCUGCAAAUGUACAGUACUUUCUUGACAGGAAAAGUUAGUCACAAGGAUGUGAAAGACAGCACUAACUGGCUUUUCAAAGCUUACUAUGGAAAUCGAAUGUUUAUGGCAUUUUGCUGUGUGGCAUGUGAGGUGCUUUACAUCAUUUUAUUCCUUCGCGCGGAGAAGCAAACUGAAGAUUUGAUUGAUGUACUUAUGACCUCAGCCAGACAAAGUCCAUUUCUCUUGCUUUUGCUGGCUCUGAGCUUAUUUGGAUGGGCAAUAAAACAAACUAUCAAUGUUAUACAGAUGAAGACAGCAGCAGACGUUUGUGUGCUUUAUGACAUCAACAAAAAGCAGGGUUCUUAGUUCUUUUCUCUGCAUGAUGAUGGGAGCAGCUUUCUAAAGCUCACGCCUGGUCCGUGCUCGAUUUUGCCCAUUAGAGAUCAGAUUUGUAACAAUUGUUUAUCUUGUAUGCUUUUGCUUGGCCAAAAAACUUGUGUGCUUCAAAAAGCUUCAGAAACAGAUUACUCGGUUCUGCAUAACACAUGCCUUUCUCGUGUAAUCAAUAGCCUUCCAAUUGCAUAAUUAACUACCUGACAAUGUCCAUUGUUGUGAAUACUGAGCUUUGUUUUGGUACAGAUUCCUUUCUUUUUGGAAGCAUCUGCUUUUUCAACUUC